AAGGGGACGAGGCCGCUAGCAAGAGCACUUGAGCGUUGCAGGUCAAACAGAGAACACCGUUUCCUCCAGCACCGACCAGAAGAAGCGCCUGCUGUGCCACACAUCGUUGAACAAAUCCUAUCCAGUAUGUCUACGCCUUAAAACUGCUAGAUGCGACAAGUAUUGAGCUACAAAGAUCGAACCUGAGCAUCUCGGAACUGGUCAUUUCCAGCGCCUAUAAUUUUGCCAGAAGUUGAAAUUGAUCACCAUCACCCCCACCACUAGAUCCAUCUCCCGGGAAAUUGCCUCUGUACGUCCGGCAUCGAACACCGACUGUCUCGGCAAACUGCACAUAUCGACUACCACCGUCAUGGGUCCUUCUCAAUCAGAAAGCGAGUUCAACUAUGCUCGCCAGAUAAAAUACUGGAGGCGAAAUCUGAAGACAUAUCUCCCACACUACUACACCUGCAAUGACGCCAACCGGAUGACCCUGGCUCUGUUCACUAUUUCUGCACUCGACAUACUGGGAGAUCUAGAUGGAGCUUUGUCCGCAGACGAACGCCAAGGCUACAUCGACUGGGUGUACAGUUGUCAACUGCCAGAGGGAGGUUUUCGACCAUGGCCCGGUUCUAAUUUUGGAAAGAAGAGGAACGACGAAAACAAGAACUGGGAUCCAGCGCACGUGCCGGGCACCUUCUUCGCGCUGCUCACUCUGGUAGUGCUAGGAGAUGAUCUAGAAAAGGUGAACAGGAAAGAAAUCCUAUUAUGGUUGAUCAAGAUGCAAAGGCCUGAAGGUGGCUUCGGCGAGACGUUAGGAGUGGAUGGUUUUAUUCACGGCGGAAACGACUCGAGAUUCGGAUAUAUGGCCACAGGCAUUCGCUGGAUACUUCGUGGAGAUCUUGAGGGGCCAUGCGGCGACGUGCCAGAUAUCAGAGUCGACGAUUUCGUAACCUGCGUUCGCGGAGCAGAGUCCUACGAUGGAGGAAUCUCGGAAGCACCUUACCAUGAGGCUCAUGCUGGAUUCACAAGCUGCGCCAUUGCGGCUUUAUCUUUUGUCAAUCGACUGCCACUGCCACCUGGGCAAGCUCCGGACGGUCGUAGGCGUGGUGUCACGAACCUCAACAACACAUUGCACUGGCUUGCAUCCCGGCAAACUGCAACGCUCGAAGAAGAUGACAGCAUUGAUACAUUCGACGACGAGACAGACACAGCAAACACAUGCCAUGACGCUCACUCUUUUGUCAAAGCCAGCACGAACCCAACGAUAUCCAUGAAGACCACGAUAGGCUCUCAAGCCAAGGUGCCGUACGAUCUCGCCUGGGUAGGAAUGAACGGGCGAUGCAACAAGAUUGCCGACACAUGCUACGCCUAUUGGGUCUCUACACCCCUCCAAAUUCUCGGUCGCAUGGAUAUCAUAUCGCCAAAGCCGAUUCGCAGAUAUUUACUCGACAAGACACAACAUGCACACGGAGGGUUUGGUAAGGUAGUGGACGACCCGCCAGACAUGUACCAUUCAUUCCUGGGUAUGAUAGUCUUGGCGAUGUUCGGGGAGCCGGGCCUGCAGAACGUUGAUGCAGCGUUGUGUAUCACAGACAGGGCGAAACGGCAUCUGGAAUCGCUGCCAUGGAGGCAAGAAGCAUUAGCUUCGGUGAAGAGGAGUGGUGUGAACGGUGCAGGAGAGAAAGGCAUAAGCCAGGUUGCGGCGGACAGGAUGCAGAUAGAUUGAUAGAGUAUUUGCAUUGCAAUAG